AAAUAUUGUAAACGGUGAAAAAUAGUAAGUUAAAUUCUUCAGCUUCGUCAUGUGAUGCUUUACUCUGUGCUGCUGAAACUGAGCCAGUGAGGGCUCUUCUGGGACACAGCGCUAUCUGCUUGUGCUCCUUAGGCUGCUGGGGAAGAACUGCAUGCAGGAUAAGCAGGCACGUGUAAUCCAAUAUAUCACAACUUUUUACACCAAGCAAAGUGUCUACUCCAUCAGGAAACCAUGGGUAGGCUCGCGUAUGUGAUCUGUCACCGGGUGUACGUUGGUUAACGUUUGCAGGAUUGGUGUGUCAGGUCUGCUGCUGGCACAGAUUCGGGGCGUUCGUAGCUGUAAAAUGACCGGUGGGAAGGUGAGAGGUUGGAUGUUUGACAUCCUUAGAGAACUGUUGUCUGAUCAAUUGAUUGGAUGUUUUUUGUUAUGCCCUUGCAUUCCUGGACAUUUCAAACCCACCCCAAAUAAAGCACAAAAUGCUACUCAGGUAAUAGUGCUGAGUAAUUUCUUUCCUCUGCAGUGCAGGGGAGGGGGAGAAUAGUAAUUACUUCCUUUUUACCUGUAAUGAAAAUGUCCGUAUCUGUUCUGUAUGAGUUUCUAUUUGAUUUUUUUUUUCCUUAGUAAUGUUUCACAGAUCUGUAUGGUCACGUGAGCCUCCUGAGGUGCUGACACAGGAGCGAAAGCACUCCGGCUAUCCCAGAGUUUAGUCCCACCCACAGAAGGGGACUCCAGGAAACUCUGAGGUGACAGGAGGGUGGUGCUGCAGUACAUAUCUCAAUGCUUAGAUGUUAGAACUCAGCUCCUGCCUUACCAAGCAACCAUGUCAGAAGGGGACAGUAUUGAUCUACCAAUCGUGGUUAGACAAGUCUACUCCAUAUACUGCAGUGCGAUGGAUUGUAACUUUGGGUCUGAGUUUUAUCUACAUGAUUAGGGUUUAUUUACUGCAGGGUUGGUACAUUGUGACAUAUGCCUUGGGAAUCUACCAUCUAAAUCUCUUCAUAGCUUUCUUGUCGCCAAAGGUAGACCCCUCUUUAAUGGAAGAUUCAGAUGAUGGUCCUUCCUUACCUACAAGACAAAAUGAAGAAUUUCGGCCUUUCAUUAGAAGGCUCCCAGAGUUUAAAUUCUGGCACUCUGCCACUAAAGGCAUCCUGGUUGCUAUGGCAUGUACGUUCUUUGAGGCUUUCAACGUUCCAGUUUUUUGGCCAAUCCUUGUGAUGUACUUCAUUAUGCUGUUUUGUAUCACUAUGAAGAGGCAAAUCAAGCAUAUGAUAAAGUACAGAUAUAUACCCUUCACACAUGGCAAGAGGAAAUACAAAGGGAAAGAAGAUGUGGGAAAGACCUUUGCUAGCUAGAAGAUACAAUCAACCUGUUGACCAAUUCUACUUAUAACUAAAGGAACGAUUUUGAGCCAUUGUAACAAUGCCUUUUUUCUUCAUAAAAUGAUUGAGUGGUGACAAAGCAGUUGAAGUUUCAUUUUAAGAGGAUCUUGCUAUUUUUAUCUGAAAUAUCAGUUUCUUGAAGAAACUGGCAUUCUAACCAAAUUGCAUUGAGUUUGUCUUUUGUAAGAAGUUGGAGAAACUUUGGAUAAUCCCAUGGAUUUGGGAUAACGGAUUUCUUUCAGGAUCCAUUGCACUGGAGAGAUUAAUGGCUUUGAGUUGGAUAUUUUUACAUAGUUCUCCUCAAUGUCACCCUGAAGUGCUGUGCACGUAUGUGGAGGAAGAAAAAGUCAGGUGGCACGCACACAUGAUGCUGUUUUCUGCUUCAUGGCCAUGUGCUAUUUUCAUACAAAAAUUCAAUAGACCUAAGUAGAUGCAGAAUUUAAGCCAGUUUGCUAAAUGCAUGGUAUUACUGAGUCAUAAAUAUAAAUAGGAGUAAGAAAUCUACAAAAUCAUGGGUUUUUCAGUAGGGGAAAAAAAAUGUAUAGCUUCUAAAGUAACUCAUUUCUGUUAGGUUUUAAUGCCAGUUUCACCAUUCCAUCUCCUAGCAGAUGCUCAAAUUGGGCUCUUUCAUGAUGACUCAAAACUUUGUUCACAAUCUAUGACCAUUUCCUUUGAGGACCUGGAGUUAUAAAUAUAUAUAUAUAUUAAUUGUUAUUAGUUGAAAUUUCUUUCAUACCCAAGGGUUGCUUGAUUAGUUUAAGCUGACUUCAUGCAGCCCCUUCAAAAUAUACCCAAACUGGCCAUAGGAGACAACUUUGUGGGUUUUAACAAAGGUUUUCAUUUUCUAUGGGAAAAAAAAAAAAAAUCAGAGAUAAAUGACCUGCAUGUAAACUUUUUCAUGUGAUACAACUGCAGUUUUAUUAAGUGACUUUUUAAUUCCAAAAUUUAUUAAAAGACAGUGUCCCCCUUUGCUUGUUCUCUAUUAUCUUUAUAUAUUUAUAUGUAUAGAUAGAUGACAGUAUUUAUGGAUUCUUCUCAGUAGUGAUUACCCUCAGCAGUUAUCUUCAUGUGAUGCCUAUUAUAGCUCUUCAGGGAAUAUUCACUGGCAGAAAGUAGAAAAAGAUUAGCUCUUCGAAUAUUCUGAAUAGAGAAUAGUGGCAAUUUCAACAGACACCUAAUUGGAAAAUGUAUGUAAGGAACCCUUUUAUCUGAUUUUGUCAAAUGAAGUCAUUAUGGAGCCCUGGAAUUCAGUCUUUGGUAAACCUGGAAAAGUUAAAGGUAGUUUCAGUUGA